AUCAACUAUGAGAGGUACUAGGACAAGUUACAUUUGUAACAAAAAGUUAUUCUCCACGAAACAUUUUUGAUAAGAUAAAACGUGUGGAUAAUAUUAACUCAAUUUCAUUAUAUAUACAUAGCGAUAGAUAAACUCUACCUUUUAUCAUUACCACAGCAAUGAAGAUUUCACUAUUGUUGAGUGUCUUCGCAGUUUCAAUAUUGGGAAUAUAUUCAGAAGUUAACAUUCCACCAACAUGCAAGCGCAUUGAGUGUCCGAUAUAUGACGUCAUCGAAGCUGGAAAAGACUAUCAAAUCCGCCGAUAUAAUUCAUCUGUUUGGAUUUCCAAUUCCCCCAUUGAAGACAUUUCUCUCGUUGAAGCUACAAGAACUGGUUUCAGGAGGCUAUUUGAUUAUAUUCAAGGUAAUAACAACUACAAGCAAAAAAUAGAGAUGACAGGACCAGUGCUAUCUGAAGUGUUACCUAGCGAUGGCCCCUUUUGUAAAUCUUCAUUUGUUGUAAGCUUUUAUGUGCCCAAAUUGAACCAAGCAAACCCACCACCUGCAAAGGGUCUUCAAGUUCAAAGAUGGAAAAAUGUGUAUGCAGCAGUUAGACAGUUUGACGGAUUUGUGAGUGACACAGAUGUUGGAAAAGAAGCUGCAGCUUUGAAGGAUAGUAUUGCUGCUACUAAGUGGUCUUCUUUUAUUGAUCAAAGCCGUAAAGCUGGUGGUCAUGCUUCUGUUUACUCUGUGGCUCAGUACAAUUCUCCUUUUGAAUUUGAUAAUAGAGUGAAUGAGAUAUGGUUCUUGUUUGAUUUGGAAAAUGGAUUGCAAGCUAUGUGAAAGCAAUAUGUUGAGUGCAGCUGGAUGUGUUAACAAGACACCUUUGAAUUGAUAAAUAAUGUGCAGCCUAUGAAGUGUUUCACAAGGUUGACUUUUUGGUUCAUUUGAUGAUAAUCAUGUUUAGUUGGCUACACUUGUUGCAAAAUAAAAUCAUUAGGAAAUGAUAUGGCUGUUGAAAUUACUGUGUUACUUUGUAGUAUUUUAAUAGAAAUAAUAUUAAUUUGUUUUUAAUGGA